GUGUGUGCACACCGCUAGCUAAACCGACCAACGGCUACUCCCAGGGCACAAACUAUUCUGCUGGAGGCAGCGUCGUCUUCGGCAAAUAUUCCGGAUACAACCUGCAGGGAAGCAUUGUGCGCAUCUGCCAAAUUGACGGUUCCUGGAGUGGGGCAGCUGCCUCAUGUAAUCCCAUUCAACUGCAGUGCCAGUCUGGCUACCUGCCCUGCCUGCGUUCCAGUGGCUGUAUCCUGCCAUCACAGCGCUGCGACGGUGUUUGGUACGACUGUGCUGAUGGCUCUGAUGCACAGUACUGCCCAGGCAAGGUCACACCAGCUCCAGGUCAAACCGACUGCCGGGUCCUGUCGCCACCGGCACUGGGCUCAAUGACCGUGAACGGCUUGAUGUUCAGCAACAUGACCACGUUUGUGUGCACAUCUCCCUAUGUCCUUAUGGGCUCGGCCGUGCGUACUUGUGAAAUCAACGGCCAGUGGAGCGGUGUGCAGCCAACUUGCGUCCUGACGACUGCUGCUCUGAGUGCGGCCAGUGACGAGCUAGUCAAGGACUCCGUCUCAGAACGCAUGACACAAACGUGCCAGUAUUGCCAAGCACUGGGGACCUUUGGCAAUCUGAAGAAUGUUUUGUCCGAGAAUCGAUCCUUGGAUCUGUGGCGUUGCAGUUGUGGUGCUCCCGACCCUCUUGCGAGAUGGCCGCGGAGACUUGGCGAAAAGGUUCGAGACAUAUGGUAUCUCAAUAUCUUCCACCACAAUCAGUACAUCAGCACCACCAUCGAGUGUAGCGACAUCAAUAGAAGACGCACAUGAUAUCAUUCACCCUUACGGCCUUAGCGAAGACCCGGGAAUACCUGAGAAGAUGUUAGCCGCAACUUCACUGAAAAAGUCGUCGGUGACAACGGCACUCCAUAUUUUAGCUGCAUGCAGUUAGGUCUCUCAACAAGUGUACCCAAAGUUUUCAAGCUAAUACACAAGCAAAUUCACUAGGGGCCGAGUAUAUUUUCCUACACCUCUCCCUGUUUGUUGUUGUUAUUUCUGCAUUCAAAUUGUUUGUGUACCUGUACAUUUAUUACAGUAGAGCCACGCAUCCACGGCUGUUGUUUCCAAGGGGUCAGGCUCGUCAGUUAUACAAAACCUUUCAGCAAUCUGGCCUUAGGCUUAGUUCCUUGACUUCUUGUACCACUUUCUUAGAUGCACAUCCCACUGGAUAGUGAGCAAUACGUGUGUAGCAGAAUCUGUAUUCCAGAAAAGCAGAGACUUGAGUCUAUUGACACUGCGUUUCUUUUUAAAACGUUAUUGGCUGUGGUGUUCCUAGAGGUAUACACGUACA